UGAUCACUUUGUUGUGAUCUCUGAAGCAGGAAGAUGGACUCUGGUUUAGUUCAGUCGUCUACAUUUAUUUUAUGUUUACUUUUACGCCUACAUUGUACAAGCGGGUAUGGAGAUGAAGACGAUUAUCGACGCAAAGUGUCCAUGGAGCUGAACCCUGGUCAGACUGAACCGUCCGUCGGAGUUGAUGUGGCUCAUGUGCGGGCAGUAGGCUCAAAUGACACACUCCACUUCCUGUUUUGUAGCCACGAAGCACCCGCAUUGAUGCUCGUGCACACCAACUCCUCCUCCUCCAAUGUGCACAUAAACUGGACAGCCUUUCUGAGCGGCAACUAUUCAGGUAGCCUGAGGGUGGAGCCAGAGAGCAGUGUGCAGUUCAGCAGUGCCGUGGUGUUUACCAGGUUGUGGGAAUAUGACGACAUGAAUGACACUGCAGAUCCUGAGCACGUGGCCCCUUCCAGCUUCUUUCCAUCAUAUGAGCUGAAGGACUUUAGUUGGAAGGAUCUCAAUGCAACCGUUAAUCUCACUACCCACACUGCCACUCUUUGCGGCCGUAACAACUCAAAGAGUUUCAUGUCCAAUGGAUCCCUCUGCCUAGCUUUCUCAGCAUUUGAGUCCAGAGGUCGAGAUUCUGUAUGGCCAAGCCUCCUACACAAUGCAAACUCCUCCCAGCUCCAUGUAUGGUUGGACAAUGUCAUCCCCAGGUCCAAUCAGUCCCGCUUCGUUCUGGAAUUACAGUCUGUGAGCAGUGCAGAACAGAAGGGCCAAGUGGAUGUGCUCAAGUCAAUUGAUGAUGAAUACACUCCCUCCAUAUUCAAGGUGUCCCAGUGGGUCUCUUCUCCCAGCAAUGCUUCUUCAGAAAUUCUGGGGUACACCCAGUGGAAACCGGUUGCCUAUCGGACAGCGCACCCUAAAUUUGAGGAUGCCACUCCCUGCAGGCAUUCAGAUCCCGUCCUUGUCUCUCAGUUGCCUCCCUCAGGGUGGGUCCGGGCCCUCUUCAGAGACGGGCUUCAGACUUCUACCCUCAACAUCACUUUCAGUAUCGCUGGGGAUCCUUUUUACAAUGUCACCAACUACCUCAGCUGGUCUGUGUUGAUGGGAUUGGGUAAUCCCCCUCAGGACUCGUUCUCGUCGCUGGUGCUGACCAUCAUGGCCGUGGGGUUGGGCACUCCCCUGGCUCUGAUCCUGUUCGGUGGGGUUGGUGCCUGCGUCUUCAAAAAAAAACAGCAGCCACAGGGUUAUGAACCAAUCAACUAGGACUAUUCGUCUGAAAACAUGCAUCUCAACACACAAGCACAGACAUACUGUACAUCCCAAAAAAAAACGGCAUUGAGAUUUCAAUUGAGAACGAGUAGGUCAUGUCUGUGCAUAGACUUUAAUCGGGCAAAUUUGGCGCGGCCAUGGAAGGCACAAUUGGAGCUCAGCCUAAAUUAAACAUUUGUGUGAGAAGUAUCCACAAGUUGGGGGCCUUAUUCGUCAUCAUAAGUUUCUUAGUUAUACAAGAGAAGAUGAUGUUUGCGAUUGUUAUUUAAAUUGCUAAUUUGUGCAGAAUCUCUUGCCAGUUAGACCUUUCAAAUCAUUGUGUUUAGUUUGAUGAAAAAUGGCUAACUUUUGCUCACUACUGUGUGGUAUAAAGACUUUUGGAUCAUUCCGUGUCAAAUCAGGCAAAAUCCAGGAAAUUGGUUACUGCACCAUGUCCUAACCGGAUCCAAGCGACCGACUGUCAAUGUUGUCUGUCUACACUGAAUCCGUUAAAUAUGCCCCUCUAUUGCGUCAUGGGCUUCCAUAUUUGUCAAUCAAAAUAGCUGAGCAAAGCGCGUGACAAGAAAAUAGAAACAGAGCGUCCGACAAAAGUUGUCUCAAAAUGUUGCGUUGCAUCGUGCUGCUCGCGUCACUUCAGUCAAAUGAAAACAGUGUAAUUAAACGGAUUUUAUCGCUAUUUAUUUACUAAUGUUCGGUGUAAUUCUUGGGUCUCAAAACUAAGACGUCAAAUAUUUUUGUGAAAUUCCAAUGUUUUCAUACAUUUUUUGACCCUUGAUUUUGUAUCAUUCUUACUCUCAGAAAUGUCUUAUCUCGGAGGCCAUGUUUGGGCAUUAAUAUGAAGAGAAAUAUUUUACAGGCUUUGGUUUUGGGACCAUUCUAAAUAUAGGCAACUUUUGAACAACAUCUUAGAUGGUGCCGCAACAGCUUUAUCUGGCUUGACACGGAAUGACCCAUGUGCCAUGAUGAGACCAUGGAAGCUGCUGGUAAGCCUCAUUCCAAGAAAGGUCAACAAAUAUUUUUUGAGACAGGAUUUGCACCUACUCCUUUAAGUUCAUGUAGACCUUACUGCUACACCUCUUCCUAGUGACUGCACUGGAAAAUGAAUAUUCCCUCUCGGGACAUAAAUUGUCUAAUUUUUUUGUGAAGAUGUAUACAUUUUGCUGUUUUGAAUAAACCAUCAUUUGUUUUCCCUCU